UCGUGCUGUGAGGUUGAGGUUACUUUCUAGAUGGCUGUACAGAUAGCACUCACGGUCGUGAACAGACUUGCGGUCCCAGCCAGAAGCACAGGAUUUUUAACUAGUUUAAAAAAAGGAUUGGGCAUCGCUUCCCUCUCCAGCACCAUAUGUUCAGAUUUAUUUGGAAGAUCAUUCAGUGCGGCGUCUCACUUAAUGGGUCGAACGCAUGUGGACUGGAAGGCUAAGGGGGAUGUGGCUGUUGUUUACGUCAAUGACCCGAAAUCAAAGGUGAACAGGUGGUCAAGUCACAUGCAGAAGGAGAUGAUGGAGGUUAUGGAUGAGAUCUGGACCAACGACUCAGUCGGAAGUGCUGUAGUAAUGUCCUCCAAGCCGAACUCUUACAUUACAGGAAUCGACUUAAAAACGGUCCUGGACUGUGAAACUGAGAAGGAAAUAGCUCGCCUUUCUCUGAAGCGGCAGAAGAUAUUAAAACUAAUUGAGUGCUCCCCCAAACCUAUUGUUGCUGCUAUUGAUGGAUGGUGUCUUAAUGCUGGAUUGGAGUUUGCCAUGGCCUGCCAGUACAGAGUGGCCACGAGGAACAUUGAGACGUAUUUUGGCUCCCAAGAGGUCAUGCUGGGUCUUAUGCCUAGUGCUGGUGGAACACAAGGACUGACUAAAUUGAUUGGACCUGUUGCUGCCAUUGACUACAUGACGUCAGCUAAACUAAUCCGAGCAGAUUUGGCAAAACAAAUUGGUUUAGUGCAUGAUGUCGUCAAACCAAUGCAUCCUUCAAUUUUAGAGACCAUAGCUAUAGGAUUUGCUCGUGGAAUUGCUAAAAAGAGAAUUCCAUUAAUUUCACAAAGCAACGGGAUGCUGAAACCAGAGGAUUACCAUUACAGUUUUCCAGCAAUUAGGAAUAAAAUGUACAGGGAUAUGUGGGAAUUGCAUUUAGACCUGAAAGCCCCCACCCAUGCACACCAAAAAAUCAUUCAUACCGUAAAAGCUGGUAUGGAGCAGGGAUCGGAAGCAGGGUACCGAGCAGAGGCGCAGAACUUUGGCGCAUUAGCAAUGACACGUGAUACAAAAGACCGGAUUAGAUGGUACCAGAGGCUCUUGCCGUAUUCAAUGUGGUAAAGAGUCAUUCGGAUUUAUUCAUUUUUAUAUUUCAUACAGAAAAUAAGAGAUUUUAUAUUUAUAUUUUGUAGAGAAAAGUAUAGAGAACAAGAACAGAUUAAUCGGUGAAACGGCUGAUUUAUUUAUUUAUAAUUUAUACCGAAAAUAAGAGACUGUAUAUUUAUACAGAAAAUAAAAGAUUAUAUAUUUUUAUUUUAUAAUCUCUAGAACCAGGGGUGGGUUUCCCGAAAACGAUUAAUCUUAGCAAAUAACGAGUGAAAUAAUUGAACUAUUUUAGCUAAAAUAGCUUUUUUUAUCUCAAAUGUAAGUCAUGGAAAUCAUUAUAUUCGUUAUAUUCUACCAACUUUUAUAUUUCCAAAUAUAUAAUAUAAUAUGGUUUUGUAGAUUUAUGUAUGGGUUUCUUAACAUUUACAUUUAUUCACUAGUUUACGGUCUUAGUGGCUAAAAUUUAAGAUUUAAAAAAACGCAGAGAGAGAUAGAGUGGCAGCAAUAACAACAAUAUCAAAAGGGAGCAAAAAACAUCAACUAUAGGGGAUUAGUUUCUGUCUCCAUGACUCCGUGAGUGCUGCCUGAGUCACCAAGUGGAGUUUGGAAAGCUGGAAUGGCUUUUAAAACGGAGCGCCACUGCAGCGAGAAGCAAUGGGUUUUCUAUUUUGUGCAUUGUAAUACUCUGUUUAUCUGUUGUUAAAGACUUUCUUUAUUCUUUAGACGAAAUUAUUAAAAUAAUUAUAUUUUAAUAAUUUCGUCUAAAGGCGAACUGUUAUCUGUUAGCCUUUUUUUCUUCUCUCCUCUGUCUCAACCUCACUUUCCAAACCUACUUCCCUCACCUCUUCAGUCUGCCUUUAAUGCACACUGGAAAACAGAAAAAAGGUCUAGGAGACAUAUA